AUGCUGUCUUCGUUUCAAGAGGAGCGCUAUAAUACUUUGGAUAAUCUCAAGACUGCCUUCUCUGAAUGUCUCUCAGAAUGGUGCUCACUGCGUCCUCUCUACUUCGCUAUUUUGUCAAUCGUUAAAAACCCCGUUGUUAUUCGUGCAAAAGAACUGGAUUUCCCCCCACCAGUGGAACACAACAUUGAUGACAUUGGCCUUAUGAGCCUCUCCCAGUUUAUAAAAACGAGUGGUGACUUGUUCAGGAGUGCACAGGCUUCUUUUAACCGGACUGCCGAUGCUGCUUCCUCUUCGUCGGAGUUGUCUUGGUGCUCGCGCUCUUUAUCUCGGUUGGUUGAAUCAAAUAACUUAAGCAAAGGGAAGAGGCGCGUUAGCACCCAGGAUAUCUCACAACGUUUGGACACCCUAAUAAUUGACCUCAAAAAAUUGAUAUCUGCUGAAAAAGAGAAUUUAGCAUACACAGACGACUUGGCCGCGGAAAAAUCAAGUUCAUCCCAAGCGGCCUCUGGCAACUCCCGUAUUCUCGGUCGUCUGCGCUCAUCAUCCAUCAAAACCGGUGGACCAAUUUCUACCACCGGGGGCGCUCGACCGAGAAAAUGCGAAGCAAGGCACAGUGGAACACCUCGCAUUCUGCCACCACUGGAACCGAUCCGGCUUAUUGCCAUGCGUGAAGGUUUCAGGGUGAGGCCUUUGAAAAAUGCAACUUCGUCCCUCCGUGCAACACCAAAACAGAUUCAAAGACCCCUUAUCUGUCCACCCAUUGUUGAAAAUCAGUGUUCCACCUCCUCCGUUAAUUUGCCUGUCGUCAAGACUAACAAAGUAUCAAGCUCACGAGCGCCACUGAUGCCACUCCGCGUGGAUACUGAAAGCUCCGCACAAUUUAACCUGCUUUCGCCACCAAAAAGCCCUGUCUUCGAUUCACUCAUGGAAGCAUCGACCAGCUCGGUGUCGUUCGACUACGCAUUGCUUAACGAAAACUCUAUCGAGCAGGACGAGGAUGAGGAAGUGGUGGAGGACGAGGAAGAGUUGGAGAGUGAGGAAGAGGUGGAGGUGGAGGGUGAGGAGAGCUUUGGACUACUCAGCUUUGAGAACAUGAGUGAACCUGCCUCAAAACUAUUUACAUCCGAAUCAACUGGACCCGAAGACUGA